AUGCCAGCCAACGGCCAGUCAUUUCUCCUCGACCCCGAAAAGGUCGCUGGGCCGACCCGAUACUCACACGCCCGCGUAGUGGCACCUUCAAUGCACCACACAAUCUUUAUAUCGGGCAUCGCUGCCGUGACCCCGGAGGGCACAUACGAAGGCGUAAAGGAACACGCGGACGGAUCUUUCGCAAUAGACGUAAGGGAACAGACUGCGGCCGUUCUACGCCGAAUCGAUAGCAUCAUCAAGGGGGCUUCCAAUGGAAAGGCAGGUCUCCAUAAUAUUGUGGAUGCCACAGUCUACAUCCUCGAUAUGAAGACACAAUACGCCGAUAUGAAUGAGGAAUGGAACAAGAUUUGGUCGGAUCGUGCAAGCGCGCCGAGCUGCGCGACUGUCGGAGUAAAAGAAUUGCCUGAUCCUCGAUUUGCGGUGGAAAUCAAGGCGACGGCAAUUUUCGUGGCUUGA